AAUCGUGACAGAGAGGAGGAGGACAAGAGGGAGAGCUGCAGAGGGGGAGGACGAAGCGAGAAGCCGAAGAAGGGGCAGAAGAUAGGCCGGAACCGUGCUCAGACGUCCACGGACCAGUCCGCGAGCUUCGUUCCCUCCCUUUAAGUUUCCGCACAUUUUUUUCGCGUCGUCCUAUCAUUUACCCCGUUAGUUAGUUAGAACCACGUUUGCCGCGGCCGAACCGCGAGGACGAAGAUCAGGAUGGCCCUCGCCGCGUCCGACGACGUCAACGAGAAGAGCUACAUCCUGGAGGCGAAGAAGAACUUCGAGGAUACUGGCAGUCUCGCAUCGGAGGAAUCGUACGAUGACAUGAGGCAACUAGUCGGGGAGGAAGAGCAGGAAGAGCAGUCCGGCAAGUUUAACAGUCUGCCGCUUGCCAGCUUCAACUUCAUCAAUUCCAUCAUCGGCAGCGGCGUCAUCGGAAUACCGUACGCUCUGCAUCAAGCCGGCUUUGGGCUCGGCAUUAUCCUGCUGAUCCUAGUGGCAGCGUUAACUGAUUAUUCGCUGAUCCUCAUGGUGCGGAGCGGACACAUCUGUGGCGAGAUGAGCUAUCAGGGCCUGAUGCGUGCGAGCUUCGGCCGCGCCGGCUUCUACAUUCUCACGGUGUUGCAGUUCAUCUAUCCGUUCAUAGCGAUGGUCUCCUACAACAUCGUCGUCGGCGACACCGUGACGAAAGUGCUGACAAGAGUGACCGACAUACCCAUUUUCGCUUAUCGACAAGUCGUUAUCCUGCUGGCGACCCUUGGCAUCACCAUUCCGCUCUGCCUAUACAGGAACGUCGCGCGUUUGGCAAAGAUCUCCUUCUUCUCUCUGGUCUGCGUAGGCUUCAUCCUCCUCGCUAUCGUCAUCCGCAUGGACACCAUGAGCAGCUUAGUUCCUAGUCGCGAGGACAGCUGGAGAUUCGCCAAUUUCCGCGGGGUCGUGCCGUCCAUCGGCAUAAUGGCGUUUGCGUUCAUGUGUCAUCACAAUACCUUCCUGAUCUACGGCUCGAUCGAACGCGCGACCCAGCAGAAGUGGGACGUGGUGACGCAUUGGUCCCUCUUUACGUCCUUCCUGAUCGCGGCUUCGUUCGGGAUCGUCGGCUACGUGACGUUCACGUCGUACGUGCAGGGCGAUCUCAUGGAGAACUACUGCUGGGAUGACGAUCUGAUGAACUUUGCCCGCGUCAUGUUCAGCGGCACCAUACUCCUCACCUUCCCGAUCGAAUGCUUCGUCACGCGCGAGGUGACCAUUUCUUUCUUCCACGUUUCCGUUUUGCAACAGGAAUACGAAAAUAAAGUGCUCAUGACGGCGAUUAAGGGCACGGACGAGCUGGACGGGCACGAGGCCUACGUGCCUAACUCGGACCGCAAGUACCUGAUAAUUACCCUGACGAUCGUGUUACUAGCGUACCUGAUCUCAAUGACGACGGACUGUCUGGGCAUCGUCCUCGAGCUGAACGGCAUCCUCGCUGCGGUACCGCUCGCCUACGUUCUACCCGGCCUCUGCUACCUGAGGCUCGAGGAGGGGUCCGUCUUCUCGUCCAAGAAACUACCGGCGCUCGGCCUGAUGACCGCCGGUAUCCUGGCAGCCAUCUCCGGCCUCCUGCUGAUUAUAAUCAACCAUAGUUCUAGUACUUGCUUCCACGGCAAGAUGAUGCCGUACUGCGUCGACAAUUCGACGGUCAUGACGACAACGGCGGCAUUGCAGCUCGACGUCACCACCCCGAGCAGGGACAGCUUUAUCGUGACCAACAAGCCAGUCGGGAUCUAAGUUCGACGGAUGAUAGAUCUUCAGUCUUAGUCGUAAGUCCAUCAAAUGCCGAAUGGAAAGUACUGCGUGGUUAGGCUCGCGAGACGAGCACGCGGGUAGAAGCAAUUUGAAUCGCCAACGCGGCAAUGUUUUAUGUUCAGACAGAGCGAUUAAGGGGGUAUUCUAGUGUAAAAGCGGAAUUUGUAUGCUAUUUUGGUGAAUUUUUUUUGAAAAAA